AUGGACGGAAGGGUUUGGGAUGGCACCGCUUUUCGUCUCGCGGCGAUGGCGCCAACGGCGCGCGUCGGUCGCUCGCAAAAGUGCUCGGAGCCGGCGGCAGAUGCCGGCGGCGAGGGCGGCAGUGUCGAGGGCGCACGCAGGCGGCCGCGGGUGAGAGCGCACGCGCGAGCGCGCGCUCCCUCGAGCCUCCGCGACCGCGCCGGAUCGCGCGCGGACCGAUCGAAGGCGUCGCGAGCGAACGAACGCGGCGUUCGUCGUCCCCUCGCGCGAGAUGGCGUCGUCGCUCGCGGAGCAGCUGAAGCUCGUCGCCUCCGCGGCGCCGACGGAGGAGCGACUGAAGGGGAAAGCGUCGCUUCUGUACGACAUCCGAGAGGCCGCGGACAUCGACCUCGAGACGAUAUACGCCGUCGGGCUCCAGGGGUUCGCGGAGCUCUCUCGACUCGACGCUCGGUUCGAGGCCGCGGGCAAGAGCCUGUUCAGCAAGCAAGCGUCCGAGACGAACCGCGAGCUUCAGGACCGAGACGCGAACGCGAAGAUCGACGCCGCGAUCGAGGGCUUCCUCCGGCUCCUGACCGGGUACUUCCUGGACGAGAACGCGACCAAGUGCUUGGAGUACCUCGUGCGCAGGUACAAGGUGCACGUCCGGAACGUCGACGCGCUCAUCGCGUGCGCGCUGCCGUAUCACUGCACCCCCGAGUUCGUGAAGCUGGUACAGCUGUGCGCGCUCGAAGGGACGUCGUUUUACUUUCUCGCGAAGGUCAAGGAGCUCGGCGCCGCGCCGCCGCGGUCGCAGCUCGUGCAGCGGUGCACGCACGACGGCGCGUUUCUGUCGUUCAUAUGCGACGCCGCGGCGACGACCGCGUCGAACAAGGGCGUCCCCGGCGCGGCUUCCGCGUUCUACGCGGUGACCCUCACCGAGUCCAUCGCGGCGAUGAAGCAAGUCACCGCGGCGACGGUCCCGCGUCUGCUUCCGUACCUCGAAGCCGGGCUCGCCCCCGGGGCGUCCUCCGAGCAGUUCGCGGGCGCGAUCAUCGUCUCCGUGCAGCUCGCGCUGAAAGCGCAGCUCGCGCAGCCGCUGACGGAGGCGCUCAUGGAAGGGCUCGCCAAGGGCGCGCGCGCGCCGUUGCACGCGCAGGUGCUCCAAGCGCUCUUGGUGCUGUGCCAGGUGCGUUCUAUACACUGGUCCCCAUACGACCGCGUUGGCGCGGUGAACGCCGAUCCUUAAGGACGUUUCCCGGCGCAUCUCUCCGCCCAUCCCUCGCGUUCAAUCCCCGCCCUGGGCGCCUUUCAACUCCGCUUCUGACGCCUUUGAACUCCACCCCGACAUUCGCUCGUAUGGAACGACCCUCAGACGCAACGCGUCCGCGCGCUGCCGAGCCGCGCGUUCAAGCACCUCGUGAAGCUCCCGGACCUCGCGUCGCACGUCGCGGACAUGGCGAAGAAGUACGUGUGCGACGAGCUCCUGUGCGUCCUCGUCGUCGCGCUCGCGGGCGCGGUGACCGCGCACGCCAACUACGAACGCGUGUUGACGGAGGUCAUCGUCGACGUGGAGUUGUCGGACGUCGCGGUGCUCGCGCUCGUGCGCGAGCUCGCGGUGACGGGGACGAAGGACGCCGCCGUCGGUGCUGA